AUGGCUAAGUUGAUGGCAAUAUCGGUGAUGGAUCGGGUCAUCACAUCCACAAAAGGACUUGAGUACCAUCAUUGGGUAUCUGAUGCGGAAACCACUUUCGUGGAAAAGGAGUACACCUCCACUAUCAAGCCAUCUGUCGACGCUGCUCCGUCAACUGAGAAAGACAAAGCUCAUGCUCUUAUGUUUCUCAAGAGGCAUAUCGAUCCUAACCUAUGUUGGGGUUAUCAUCACUUGAAGACACCAAAAGAGCUAUGUGAUGCUCUAGAGAGCCGUUUUGGGAACAUUCAUGAUUCCUUGCUACCACAAUUGAUUGUCCAGUGGAACGAAAUUCGCUUCCUCGAUUAUGUAAAAGUGAAUGAUUUCCAAAAAUACAUGUUACAGAUUCAAGCACGUCUAGACUUAUGUGGAAAGAAACUCACAGAUGAGGAAAUGAUUCAGAAAACUCUAUAA